AUGGGCAAAGCGUGUGCGCUAGGCGGAGUCAUCAAGGUCCCUACGCGCGGCCCGUGCUCCGCGACGCCCGUGCCGCUGACCGUCUCGACCGCCGCGGAUUUCGCGCAGCGGCUGCAGUACACGCCGAACACGACGGUCGUCCUGUACCUAACGGGCAACAUCACCAUCUCAACCUUGAUCAACUUCAACGCGUCGUAUUCCUGCACCAUCAUCCGCCCGCAACCGGGGCUCACGUCCAUGCCGUGGAUCUGGCUCGAUAACAUCAACUCGCCCGCGGUGCGGGUCGAGAGCGCGACGAACAUGCAGUUUGUCGGGAUCGGGAUUGGUUUCCCGUGGACGAACACCGGCAUGGUGGCGUGCGGCGGCUUGCCCGAGUUCCCCUCGCGCUGGACGUGCCCCGUGCUGCACAUCUACCGCGGAUGGGCCGUGACUUUCUCUAAUGGACAAGUGCAGGGGCGCACGGACGUGUACCGGUCGGGCGCGGUGGAGUUCUCCUAUCAGAAGCACGUGGUGGACUAUCUGGACGGCACGCUCUUCAGCUACUCGUGCAUCCGCUUCGCCGUCAACGGCGACCCCGUUAAUCUCAUCCGCUCGCUCAACAAAGUCGUCAACAGCGAGAUCCGCGGCGCGUGGACGUCGAUCAUGAUGUACGCGGGCACCGUGGGCACGAUCGUGGCGAACAACUACAUCACGGACUUUCAGUUCUGCGGCGUGCAGUGCGGUAUGGGCGACAGCAACGUCGCGGAUUGCAUGCUCAACACCAUCCAGGACAACUACAUCACCCCCGGCCCGGCUUACCCCACCAACAACGGCGACGGCGCCGGGAUUUACUACGAUCUGCAUUGGUACAACCCCGGCAAUCUGGACACGUGCAAUUACAUUGUGGGCACGACGCACUGCCACUACCUGGACUUCACGACCUCGGGGCUCACCAUUGAUGGCGCCGUGUGCAUCCGCAACCACGACGGCAUCAAGAUCAACACCGGCCACGCCAACAAGGUGCAGAGCUACCUGGUGGUGAACCCGCAGUGGCAGUCAGGCAUCAUGAGCUUUUUUUUUUGCGACUCACUCUUCUCCCCGUUUUAUUUCCAUUGCCCCCUCCGUUCCCCGGUCCUCUGCCCCCCUCUCCGCCCUCUUCCCCCUCUCCUCCCCUCCCCUCGUCAGAACUGGCCCUACCUUUCGGGCCUGUGCAACCGCACUGAAUGGAUGGGACAGCCGUGCAACCCCGACCCUCCGAUCGAGCUUCCCAAGAACUGGACGGGCUACUGCUCGCAAUUCCUCUCCUACUCCACCGUGGGCAAGCAGCGCUCCGCGGAUUACAAUUACACUGGCAAGUGCAGCGGCGUGCCUGGGCUGAACCACGUCGAGCUGACCAUUAUCAAUGGCACCAACGGCCGCUGGAAUCCGUAUUAUAUCAACUGCGAUGCGCUCCCGUCUGUGGUGCCCACCAACAACAUCACCUCGGUGUCGUUUAACUACCCGCCGACCUACUUCAAGUUUGAUAAUUUCACCGGGGAUGAUUUCGGCGUGUCAGAUCUCUCGGAUUUGAUGUAUCAGAAGUAUCCGAAUUUCAUGUCGUGUAGCCGUCGCAGGGUGGGGCCUCAGAAACAGGUGCGCGCUAUGGCUGCUGCUCUCUCCACGGCAGAGUCUAACUUCGGCAAGGAUGUCGGCGAUUGGUGGAAGAACACCUUUGAUAUUAUCCCGGAAGAUUCGGAGCUGUCUCAGAUUCUCUACCACAAGAAGUUCAACGGGAAGAUUCGAGACCUCAACGCGCCGGUCCCCGUCGCUACUCCCACCGGGUCUCCCAAGAAGAAGCCCGGGAAGAAGCCAGGCUGGAAGGGACCGAGGGUGUCUAACUGGUGGAGCGGAAACUAG